AAAGUCCACCAUACUUGACGCUGAUCCAUAUACCCCCGUGAUCUCCAAAACAACACAACAAAGUGGGGGAAACAUGGCUAGCGGAGAGGAGGCCAGUAGACGCCCCUCGGCUACCUCCUCCUCGGUCGGCCUGGAGUCUCUGUUCCCCGCCGGGUCUUCGGAGCAGGUGUGCGGGGACGGGAACCCGGAGCUCGUCCGCCUGCGGGAGCGUCUUCAGGCUUGGCUGUGGCAGUAUGAGCCCCUGCUGCUGUGGGUGCAGAGGCUGCUGGUCUGGGAGAGGCCGCUGUACAGCAUCUCUGUCGCCCUGACACUCAACACAUUAUUCUGGCUCCUGUCCUCCACCUCCCUGCGGCCUCUGUUCCUGUUGAGCGUGUCCCUGCUGGGACUCAUGCUCCUGGAGAGGUGGAAGCCCAAGUUGCCCAUCAUUACUGUCCAACACGCAGAGGCUCGGCCCGUGCAGAGCGAAACGAUGAGCGGCGAGCAGCGUCUGCUCAGCAUCCCCGAGCUCAGCCACCACCUGGCCGAGAGCUACCUGACCUACUGCCUGUACCUGCAGGAGAUGCUGCAGUACAAGCGGCAGAACCACGGCAAGUUCUGUGUGAUGAUGUGCUGUGGUUGUUUUGUACUUGCCGUGGUUGGACAUUACGUACCGGGAAUCAUGAUCUCCUAUAUAAUUGUGCUGAGCGUGCUGCUGUGGCCGCUGGUGGUGUACCACGAACUGAUCCAGCGCAUGUACACGGGCCUGGAGCCGAUCCUGAUGAAACUGGACUACAGCAUGAAAGGGGACACCGAGCACCGCAAGCACGACAAGAGGAAGGUGAAGAAGGAGGUGGAGGAAGGGGACGAGCCCAGAGCGGAGACGGAGAGCGAGAGCGAGGAGGAGCUGUCCUGCUUCGCUCCGACGGUGGAUGUGAAGACUACAGCUCUGGCCAUGGCCAUCACAGACUCGGAGCUGUCGGACGAAGAGGCGUCCAUACUGGAGAGCGGAGGCUUCUCGGUGUCCAGAGCCACCACUCCUCAGCUCACCGACGUCUCUGAAGACUUGGAUCAGCAGAGUUUCCACAGCGACCCGGACGAGGCCUACCUGCGGGAUCUCCCGGAGUUCCCCUCGGUCGAGGAGUUCCCGUCCAUCGAGCACAGCCUCUUCCCGUUCCCCGUGCGAGGCCACAACCAGGGGGACGGGGCCCAGGCGCAGGGCGCCCAGUCGGAGGGCGAGCCGCUGAGCCCCGCCAGCCUCCUCAUCCAGCACCUGGCGUCCCCCCUCCACUUCGUGAACACUCAUUUCAACGGACACGGGCGACCGCCUGGGGCAGGGGGGGCGGCGGCGGCGGUGCCGCCGCUGCUGCUCCCCGACCCGGACGCGCGGGAGGAGGCGGAGGGGAGGCAGGAGGGGGACGGGAAGGAGGCGGCGGCGGCGGCGGCGGUCGCCCAGGGCGCCCAGCGCUCCCUGGAGGCUUUGAGCGAGGAGAUAGUGAGCACGGCCAUAUCCACCGUGGUGCAGAACACUCUCUCGGCCCUGCUGCGGUCCAGCGAAGCGGGCGAGGACCCCUCCCUGGCUGAGUUCCUCCCCACCGAAACCCCACCGGGCGCCCUGGAGACGCCCGCCCCGCCCGCCGACACCUCCGCUAACACUACUACUACUACACCGGGGGCGCUGGGAUGCGACGAAGACGACGCGGUCGCGGCGGGAAGCGGCGCCGGCGACGACACACUAGUUCCGACCGAGGAAGAGGACUUUGAGCUUUUGGACCAAAGUGAACUGGAGCAAUUGGACGAGGGUCUGGACCUCAGCUCUGACAGACAGGCGGCGGGAGGAGCUCCAGCCACACCUCCACCUCCUCCUCCUCCUCAUCAUCAACCACAGUCAUAGCCGCCCCGUGGACUCCCCUGGUCCCCAACUUCAACUGUUUUUAUUUUUUACCUUAAAACUACAUUAUAUUCAUACAUACCGCUAUAUAAAUAUAAAUAUAUAUAUAUAUCUACGUUAGUUAUACGAGAGUGGCGUUUAAUACUGUCGGUUGGUGAAAGCGAGGCAGAUGGUUGAGACACAUUUAGCCGUUAAAGGCUCACGUUACAGAGCUCUGUUCAGUCUUCAGUGAGAGCAGGUUCAGAGCAGGUUGACAUGAUAAUAAUCCUCAGACAAACCUGUUUAAACACAAUAAUGAUGCCUUGAUGUUGGCUGAUCGCCUGAACCUUUCGCUCGGAGGUUUAUCUAGAUGGUGUCAUGAAGAGCGGAGACGUCGGAUUAUAUAUUAUCUAUUAAUAUAUUCUAUAAAUUAUUUAAUUUAAUGGUCAGUUGAUUAUUAAUUAAGCUGAGGGGCAGUUUGAAAGUACAUUUUUUUUUAUCCCUAUAAGUCACCCGGAAUGAUUGUAAGCGUUUUAUCGAUGACACUGGUCAGGUUGAAAUUUUAGUUGCAUAUUCCCAGAGUUGGACAAGCGAACCGACACCGAUUCCCCUCUUUGUUCUUGGGGGGAAAGAAGAAGAAGAAGAAGAAAAGCAUUCGGUCAUUGGUGGGUUUUCACUUGUUGCCUGAAAAUGGAAUCUUUGACAUCACUGGAUGUUGACAGCUAGCAGAUCUUCACCCGCAAGUGACUUUCGUUUGGCAAGAAAAACAAAAAAAAAUAAGUUCCACUCUGCGAUGGACGCCUCGUUUUUUUUUUUUUUUUGAAUUUUUUUUGAUUUGUGAGUAGAAUUUAAUUUCAUAACAUCCAUAUGUGAUUGUGGGAUGCACUGAUUGCGUAAUUCUCGCCCAUACUUAAAACACCAAUCUAACCAUUCUCAGUUAUUAUCUAUUUAUUUUGUCGUUAUUUGCGUUAUUCCCCUUCAAAAAAACAAAAAAAAUCAAAAAAACAAAAAAAAGCCACUUGGUUCGAAAUACACCGUCCACAACUGCCACCCUCGUGUCACUGUGUUUCAGGUCAACAGCACCCUGGCAACGCAAAUAUUGUCCCGCGCUGAUAAAUCGGUGCAUCCCCGCUAUCUGCGCGCGUGCAGUCAUCGCUGGGGCGCGCGUAUUUACCGAGCGACCUCCUCUGUGCCACGACAGGUUCAUGCAUGCCACGCGUCACGCACGUAUUCCGGCUCACUCUUCCGUUUCCGCAAAGCUGGUGGGGGAGGGAGGGGGUGGGGGUAAUAUUUUCACGUCCGGUUCGGGGGCGAAACCGCUCGGAUCUGGCAACCGCGCUCGACCGUAUGGGAAAAAAUUCAAAAAAAUUCAAAAAAACACAAAAAUAAAAUUCACUUUUGUAAACCACUCGGCAUCCGAAUCUCAGGGGUGGGUUGUACAAAGUGAAACGUAACACCGCGGAAAUUACCUGUCUGUUUCCCCCGACUUGUCGUAGUGCACUGUAUUUGUACUAACCUUUCUUUUUUUUCUUUUUUUGUUUCUUUUUCCAGUCAAUGCCUCCUUGUGUAUAGUGUAGAAAUGCAAAAAGAAGUGUAUAUUCUGCAUGUAAAAACAGCACUCUGUUCAAGUUCUCCUUGUCUGCCGACAAAGUACUGCACAAUUUGUGAGAGGCAAAAAAAAAAAACAAACAAAAAAAACAAAAAAAAUCUGUUUGUUUCAGGUUAAACGAGACCAUCGUGUUCAGUUUGUGUGAUAUUUUAUUACCGAGGUGGGUAGUAAAAGUUUCGACGUGUCCUUAACUGUAAACGGUGGCGAGCGAGAACAUCAGAUUUAGAGAACGGCAUUAACAGACUAGUUUGUGUAUGGUAUUUGUGUUUUAUGCUUAAAAUACUGCUUCUUGAACUAUAAAAAAAAAGGCACUUAUCCAACUGUACAAUUUUAAGAAAAAAAAAAGGAAUAUAUUUUCUAAUUUCUCCUUUUUCCAUAAAGUACUCAGUUUGAUCUUUUACGUCUUAAAAACUAUAACUGCUACAGAUGAUUUUUCACCACGCCGGGCGAGACUUUAAAACUGUCAUUAAAACUGGUGGGAAUAAAAAAAAAAAACUGCGACUUCACUUGUGAAAGUAAAAGAAUAAAAGAACAAACUGAAACGGA